ACUAAUCUCUGCUUGGAAGCACAGCCUGGAGGGAUGCAAGAGGCUUUGGAGGAGCUUAUUUCUCUGCACAAGGGAGAAUGGAAGAAUCUGAGUGAUGGGCACAGACUUGGGUGACCAAACUGGCUGCCAGAGCAGCUUCUGGCCUGAAUGCCAACCACACCAAGAACAUUUGUACUAAAACUGAAGCAGCAAUUUCCAAUGUGGGAUUUCUGCCCUUCUGCCCACCCCUCCCAGCAGCUCAGGCCAGGUGAGGGAGCAGCCGGGUCAGGGAGCACAGGGAUGCUGCAGUGCAGCUCGCUCACGGCAGUUACUGAGGACAGCAUUUAGAAAUAAAAGCAGAGGGAGGAUUCUGCUGCAAAAUCACGAUUCAGCUCGUCACCCAGCACACGAGAGGAUAUGCUGGAGUUACACAAGAGGCGCGUGGAGGCAGAACACAAAGACAAGCCCUCGUUGCGGAACCCCGCUGGCCCUGCAAGUCAGGCGUUGCCAGCACUCCCCGCAAAGCAAUUUUCUGCAGUGCGUUUGCGUGUCUGCCGUGCAGCAGCAGCGUGCAGCGAUGCAGCGCGGAGCUGAGCCGCGUGCGCUCCUGUCGCCCGGCUGCUUUGCUGCUCGGCUGCGUGCAUCACAGCAGGCUCAGCAGGGAAGGGCUCCGGCAGGCUAUAUUUAGCAGCAACAACAAAACAGGCAGCCGGAUCAGCUGACUGGGCGCAGCGAGCACGGGUUAGUUGUAGGCAGCACGUAUCCUGCACGGAAGGCAGGGCGAGAGAGAGCAGGGCACGGAGCUGGGAGGUACCCCACCACCCGCAGGGGCUGCGGCUCAGCCAUGGCUCCCCGGAUAAGACUGAGUGUUUCAAAGCCUCUCCCAACCAUCUGCGAAACCCAUGAGGAGGCAAUGGAAGACCUAAACAACAAUCCAAAGCACACUGCAAACACUUCAACCAACCCAGAUUUGUACUCUAGCGAUGAUUACAUUCAAUCUAUCUGCCACCUUGCCAGACCCACCUUCCCAGGCAUUCCUGAAAGCAGCCAUAGGGUUCAGGACAGAAGAAUCCUGCAGACUCUGGAAGCCAUGUCAUGGUCCCCAUCCCAGCAAGAAACAUCAGUGUGUAAAUUGACCAAUUUCAUCUCAAAUGUGAUGCCACCAGGAAAAGCUUUGUCUGCUCCUGAUGAUGCAGAAGCCAACUUCUGGUCCAGAGAGGAUCCCCUGGCACAGAUCUACAGGCGCACAGGAAAUCUCUGCUCCUCCAAGGGUUUGUGGACCAAAAGCUCCAGCACUGACUCCUCACAGUGCACCUCCUCCAGCCACCUGGGCUCCCUUCAUCCCCCAGCCAUGAAAGAAGAAGCCCCAGGGAAACUACAUUUCCCACGGAUGUUUAGUUUUCCGAGGUUUCCCUCUCCAAGGCCAAUGCAGAAAGAAACGCUCUGCUCAGAGCUGAGGUGUCUCAGAAAAGAUGAGGGAGUGGUUGUAGGGAGCAAUCACAGUCAGAAAGAAGAUGCUCCCAGGUUUAUUAACGCUGAAGAGCUAUUGCUGUGCUCAGCCAGAGGGAAGCUACUAGGAAAUCAGGUUUUGCACUGCUCUGUAAGGAGGCAGGGUUUGUUUGAGGCAGCAGGUGCUGAUGAAAAAGAAGGGAGAGAAACUUCUCACUGUGACAAAAACACAGUGGGUGAUGUUCCCAGUAAACAGAGAUACUCCAAGUGCUUCCAAGCAGCUAAAAAAGCCGUGAUUCAUAAUUGGAUUUCAGAGCACAGAUGCAUGUGGAAAGAAGCAAAGAUAAAAGCUUGUUUGCUCCCAGCCAUUGCUGAAGUGUGAAAAAGUAUCUGUUCCGAAUAAUGUUGUUUGCAAGAAAUAACCACCCUGUGCUCUAGAAGCUCUCCCUGGAGUCCUUAUGUGGAAAACAUGGCUUGAAUGUGCAUGCAAGUCAGGAAACCUUUUGUGAUCCAUCUUACCUCUCAUCAGUGGGCAAAUGGACAACUUGGAGUCCAGUCCUCUGAGGAAGCAGCAAUUAAUUCUCAUUUUGGAAAGGCAGUGGUUCAUAAAGCAUUGCCCCACACCUAUUGCCUUGAACUGCCCUGAGCAUGGAGAAAAUUGAAGAGCCAUCUGUUUUGAAGAAGUAAUCUGAAGGAAAAAAAAACAACAACCCACACACCUACUGCCAUUUCACAACAGAUGCCAAGCAGCCAGAUGUUACACAAGCUUGGGUACAGUUAUUCUGAAAGAAACAUUCUGAACAGUGCUUGGACAGUACUAAAUAUGCCCUCACUGACAUGCAUUCACUGAGAAACACUGCAUAGAUCACUGCAUCAACACCAGAAUACCACUGGGUCAGUCAUCUGUUAGUGCUUUCAUGUGAAGGAAUAUUUUUAAUAAAGAAGCCUGUGAUGAGGAUUUGUUAGAGGACAACAUGGAAAAUACUGAAACUGUUCCAGGUGGGACUUUUCCCCUUUCUUAGCACUGCAAAAAUUUAUGACUUUCACUUCACAACCUAACCUGGUUGGAGAUGACUGGCAGCUCUGGGUGAGCAUUGCGAACACUGGUCUGGUGCUGCUGCCCUGGCCCUGCAAGAAAUCAAGGUCUCAGUGCUCUGCUCCCAUCAGUGCCUGCACUGCUGUCUGUGCUGGGUGGGAGCAGAGCUGGGAGCUGAGCAAGCUCUGUGCACAUAGGUCUGUUUCUCUUCUGUGUGCUUCCCCCAAAUUGGCCACACUAACCACACUGACUUUUCUAUGCCUGCUGCUGUGAGACCGAUACAUGAAGAAAAAUAACCAUCAUAACAAGUCCCCAGGACAACCCCUUUGUUGCUGAUGCUGCACGGGAUGUCUGCAGGAGGAGCAGUGCUGCUGUGGGAUCCCGCAUGCUGAGCACACGGUCAGGUCAUCCUGUAACCACCACACUGAGACAAUUUCAUCUCCUGAAGCCUUCACUCAUUGUCACUGUCCCACAGCACACAGCACUGCAAAGAGGAGCAGGUGAGAGAACAGCUAAGUAACGCUAGUGCAAUUAUUGCUGCCACUGCCACAAAUCAAUCCUUUGGCAGGGAGAGGAUACAAGGACCAGGCUGUUUGCUCAACUGCAGCCAGGAUGGGAAAUGCCACCGCAAAGCCGCCGGUAUAGCAGUGCUCGCAAGUGAGUUCUGAAACACCCUUGAGUAGAUUAAAUCAGACGGCAACUUCUGCUCAGUACAACACAAGUGUAAAUAUACUCAAGGAUCAAAAGGAGAGCAAAUCUGAACUGUUCAUUCUCACAUCUCUUACCUCAAGUAUUUUUAUUCCUGUUGAAACUCAUUAACGCUCUGGAGCCGAACUGCUUCUCAUCUCCAUUUUCAGACUAACCACACAGCAAGAACAAAGGCGAAGGCGGCUGCAGCUUUUUUAGGGCCUAUAGAGAGCCUGAGCUGAACAAGGACCGCAUGGGCUCUGCCUCCCCCUCCUCUGCCCUUCCCUUUUGGGUUUGUAUAGGGAUGGAGGUGAUGUUUGCCCUUAUUGCUAUGCGGAUGUUUCGGUUUCUGUCCAUGUUUAAGACACCAAUGCCUAGCAAGUCUUGUGCCAACUGCAUGUAUCACCAUAUUUGACCAAGAAAGCAAAUAAAACCCUUACACCAAUCAGCUCUCUCUGUUCUUACUGGCCCACGAGUGACCUUUCAGGUGCAAUCCUCAAACUUUCCCAGAAAAGCUCCAUAGAAACCUAAAACCCUCGGGGGGGAGAAGCUUUGGAGUGCAGCAAAGAGAGGCACAGACAAGCUCAGGUGAUGUUGGCAUCCAAAUCCCACCUGUAGCUUUCAGUCUCAGGUUUCACAACUUGUAGGCAAUCUGUAGCUAACACAGAAAUUCAUUCAAGUGGUCAUGCAGACUUUUACUGCUGCAAGCAGUGAAUUCACUUGGACACAGAAAACCAUGACCAAAAUUAGAAAACCAGAGACAGAGAGGCAGAAACAAAGUUGUCCCCUUCUUUUCUCAUCAAUGUCACAAUCAGCUCUAAGUGAAUUCAACAGAAUUAGCACAGAGAAGCGUCAGCAGAGGAAAGGGAGGGCCUUAAAGGACAACAGUUACUAUCAGCUCAGAGCAAGGAUGAGGAAGCAACAGCUCUGAGAGCCUGGCUAAUGGGAUCUGGUUAUCAGUGCAGAGCAGCCACAGCACUCCAAGGAGCUAAUGCACUGCACAUAGGGUUUCUCUGCAGAUAGAAAGGCUGCACUGAUCAGAAACUAAGACAUGAACCAAUGCAAUGUGUUUAGAAACAGAAAAGGUCAGGAACACAUUUGUCCUAAAGGGGGGACACAAUGGCAAGAUGGGAAAUGGAGAAGGUCCAUGCAGGAAGCCCUUGUGUGAAGUCAGCAAAGCCAGUUUCUUUGUACUACUGUAGUAGUAGUGUAACAUGGUAGCAGUGUAAAAGCAGCUUUUUUAAAGAAAAAGAAAAGAUCGAAAUUUUAAAGCUUUGAGAGAAAACACAGCCUAGUUUAGGGGAAUCAGAUCCAAGCCCGAGGUGAGAUAUGGGGUCCCUCUACACAGGUUAGCAGCUGUGUGGAUUGUGCAUCAAGCUUUCCCCUUGCCCUGAAAUGCCACAGUUGGGCCUAAUGCUCAUUGAAAGUGUUUUUAGCUAACUUCGAGCCUCUACAAAUGGAGAGUAAUGAUAAAUGGUGUACAAUGAAGUUAAACUGCAUUUAGUGACUAAAGAGGAAUCUCUUAGCUUUGGAAAAAAAAAAAAAAAAAAAA